AAUUUAAUUUCAAGCAGCGAUAUUUCAAAUAGUUUCAAAAAUACCAACGAUACAAUAAAAUACUGCAUGUGUACGCAACGUGUGAAUCGUAGUCAUAGCAAGGGACGCUUGCAUUAUUAUUGUAACUGUAAUUGAACUAAUAAUAAUUACACUUGCAUUGAUACGUAGAUGUAUAUGAUAUAUAACGAAUAAGUUAUGAAAACCGAACUGAAUGAGAAAUGGAUUGUGUGUCGCGUCUGCCUAACAAAUCCCAGCGAGGGCGAGGAGAUGCUGCAGGACAUAUUCAGCCAAAAUGCAAGCACCCGCCUCGAUCAAAUGCUGCACAUCUGUGCAGGGAUUCCUGUUAGCAUAGACGAUAAUUUCCCGGAUAAGAUGUGCACAAAAUGCGUGCGUCUGUUGCGAGUCGCCUACAAAUUUCGUUCAACCUGCCAGCGAUCCCAUCAACACAUUGCCGAUAUGCUGGCGACACAGCUGAGCACUGUCAUUGGCGUAGAGGAGGGCGAUGACGAGGACGCGGAGACGGAAGCAAUUGCGCGAGCGUGGGAAGAGAACACGAAUCAGGUGAAUGCACCAAUAAAAAUGGAACAGGAGGCGGAAGAGGCGAGCUCAGAAUUUAUCAGCUAUGUGGUUUCUGGUGAAGAUGCUGGAGUCGUCGAUGUCUAUGAUGUCGCCACAGAGGAGCAACAUGAGGUUGUCUAUGAUGGAAACGACAUUGUGACGCUGACCGAAGCCGAAAUUGAAACAGAAACCGAUGGCGAGAACUUUCAAGAUUAUGAGGAAUUGGAGGUGCUGGCAAGCGAAGCGCUGAAUCCAAGCACCACAGCAGUGUCAUUGGCUGAUCGUAAUGUGCGGCGCAUUGUCUGGAGCGAUGUGCCCGAUAAUGAUAUAGUCAACGAUAUAUUGAGCUCAGACGACGAAAGCUAUUUGCCAAAAGCGAAAACGAAGACGCCACCUCGUCUUUUGAAUCGGGUACGGCAGCCGCGAAAGGUGCAACAAAAGCCAAAAACAGGUGGGUCGCACACAGAUACGCUGCUCGAGGAGAAGAAAGUGGGGCGCAAGCCGCGCGACAAGCACUCCAACUAUAUAUGCGAUGUUUGUGGAAACAUUUAUCCCUCCCAGGCGCGUCUCACCGAACACAUGAAAUUCCACAGCGGCAUUAAGCCACACGAAUGCGAAAUCUGCGGACGUGGUUUUGUGCAGAACCAGCAACUGGUCAGACACAUGAAUACACAUACAGGUAACAGACCCUACAAAUGCAACUUUUGCCCCGCUGCCUUUGCUGAUCGCUCCACGAAAACGAAGCAUCAUCGAAUACAUACGAAGGAGCGUCCUUAUGAGUGCGAUGUGUGCCUUAAAACAUUUACCUAUUCGGACAAUUUGAAAUUCCACAAAAUGAUACACACAGGUGAAAAGCCACACGUCUGCGAUCUGUGUGGCAAAGGCUUUGUCAAGGCCUACAAAAUGCGUCUACAUCGUGUGACGCACGAGAAACGUGGUCCUUGGAAGCCCGUCGACCUGGACAUAGAACGACCGGAGCGUAUUAAAAAUGAUAUGUCCGAUAUGGUUAUUGGCAUAUUGCCUUCGUCUUAG